AUGCCCACGCAGCCAACACCGUGGUACGAGCGGCUGAGCGUGCGGCCACCCCCGGUUGAGUGGUACGACGACAACUGUACCCACACCCCAACACUCAACGCAAGAAGCCGGGCCCUGGCCAAGCACCGACGCGAGUCGCCAGCCAGACCACAACAACAGAACACACCCUCACCCACAACAUCGGCGUCGUCCACCAUCGCAACCACGUCCGCAACAGCCAGAACAAUCACAACAACCACAACAACUACACCAGCAACCACACCAGCAACCACACCAGCAACAACCAUAUCUACCACAAUAGCAACAACAACAACAACAACAACAGUCGCAACAGCAGCUACGGCUGCUGCCACCAUCCUCACAGAACCUCUGCCGCCAGUGCACGCGUCGCCUUCGCCCUCUCUGUCGCCUUCGCGUGUGCUGCAGGUGCCGGCCAUCACCGUGCCUGCACCGCCGGGAAGCCCACGCAUCGCCUCCAUCAAGCCAUCAUCACCACCACCAACCUCCCCCACAGCAUCCACAGCAACACUCAAGCGGUCCACAUCGCUGCCCGCGUCGCCAUCAAGGCCGCAAGUCGGCAGAGCACCAGGCUCGCCACGAUCACCACGGUCUCUGGCUCGGCGCGUCGGCGCAUCACCGCAGCCAGCACGACGCUCGCCCGGCCCACGCCGCAGCCGCAGCCGCAACCUCGACGGCGAGGAGCACUUCACCUUCCGCCCGCGCAUCAGCUCUGCCAGCCGUCGGCUCGCCGGCCGCCGCACCAACGGGUACUUGGAGGCGCGUCGCCAGUCCAACUUGGAGCGCAUUGUCAAGGAGGCCAAGGCCGAGGAGGUGUUCCAGCCCCGGCUCAACAAGCGGUCUGCACAGCUCGUCACGUCGUCGUUCUUCGAACGCCAACAGCAGUUCCUGCACCGCAAAGCGGAGCUACAGGCUGUCAGCGACCUGUACCGGCUUGAGAGCGAGCAGAAGAUGCACCGUCGCUCGCCCCCGGUUCGCAUCGCCCCGCUUCCACCACCGCACGCACCAGCCGCAUCCACGCACCAAGAGCACGCUGAUGCCGGCCACCUCCACUCACCAACCCCAACCGCAGCAGCAGCAACAACAGCAGCAGCAGCAGCGACUACGACAGCGGGCAGGGGAUUGCGCAGCCCACAGCGUCGCAUCGCUGCCGUUGUUCGCCGAGACAAGCUGGCAGCAAAGGCCAAGCAACAGCAGCAACUGCUCCAACACCACCAGCACACACGCGCCACCAAUACAUCAAAGAAUGGUGGUGGCGGCGGCGGUGGUGGUGUAUCCCCGAGCAAGCGCACGGCUUUAGUUCGCCUGCGCCGCCCGCGCUCUGCCGGUGGAGCGGUUGGUGACUCAGCACAGCGCAACAAACGAGGUGGAGGAGGAGGAGGAAGAGGAGUGGGAGGACUUGAGGAAGGACAGCAUGCUGAUCAGAUGGUUCGUCCGGCCACGGCCUCCAGUGCCCUCAUUCGCCGCCGCACCCCGUCCGCAACACCGAAACCCCGCGCCCUGCGCAGAACACACUCCGUUGCGUGUGCGCGGCCAACGGAGCACAGGGAGCGAACGAUGUGCAGCCCAACACAGGAAUCGCAGCACCUCGUGUCAGACCUGCUCUCCCCACGCACCACCACCUCCUCCGACAGCAGCGCCAGCAACAACAGUAGUAGUGGUGGCGGCGGUGGGACGCCAACGAGACGUGCCAGGCCUGCAGAGAUGGGAGGAAGAACAACCCCAACAGGAAAGUCAUCAAAGCCGCGAUCAAAGCCACCAUGCAUCAACCAAGAACGACUGCGUGAUCUGCAUGCAGCGCGUGAGGCGCGGGCAGCGGCGGUGGCGGCCGCGAAGAAGAAGAACGUGUUCACCAUCUGCGGGCGCUACCAGGACCUGCGCAACGCCCUUGAACAGCGAGGAUGGGUCGAAAAGCUUCCCCCACGCGAACCCGGCCUUGGUGCGAAUGACGACUGCAGUGGACUGCGCAUCCGCACAGAGGCGGAGAUGAACAAGAAAAAGGCGCAGCUGCAGAAGCGCGCGGAAAAGGAAGGAUUCGACCUGUCCGCUUCCAACAGUGUGGAUGUUUUUUCCGGCUCUGAAGAGCCCGCAGAUCGCGCGCUCGUCUCCCGCGCCCUCGGCGAAUUCCCCGCCAACUUCAUUUGGACGUGCCAUCGUGCCGACGUUGAUUUCCGCACGCUGAAGCCGGGGCAGUCUGUGAACCAUUUCAAGUGCAAUGGAAACAUCACCACCAAGUUUGGGCUCGCUGCCUCCCUCACAAACGUUCAAUGGACGUCAAAUCGUGACGAAGACGAGUUUUAUCCACGCUGCUACUUCAUAUCCAGUGAGGAUGACUUUGUUGCGUUUGUGCGGGACUACCGUCUCAAGGCCGCCGUGUCUGUGCUCAAGCGCAUCAACGAGUGGUCUCCGCCAAGACAGAUCUUCGACUUUGCGCUCGCGCAUUGCCAGCGACACAUCGACAUGCUGCAGCAUUUGGAUUUGGAUGAACGUCUUCCUUCCCCCACAGACAUUGAGUUUGAGACGCUGUUGCAGUUCACCUACGAGAAGCUUGGGUGUGCAAAUGCAAGUCGGAGCAUCAACGAAGAAGAACCGGAAGCAUGCUCCUCAUCCGAUGAUGACACAGAUGACGAUGGUGACGAGGAUGAUGAUGACGAUGACAAUGAUGAUGAUUCUGAUUCUGAUGAUGAGGAUGAACGGAAGAAAGCGCCGGUACCAAAGACAAAGAAGAAGGCGGUAAAUCGCGCAGCGGCAACUGUAUCUGCUUCGUCUCGCCGCGCCCUGCACCGUCUCGUCAGGCGGUUCACGGACGGGGGCAUGCUGCAAUCGGCGCGCGAACGCGUGGCGGCCAUGAUGAAAUCGCCCGUGGCCGUCACCCCGAGCGCACGUGCAAAUGCGGAGCGCAUUCUGCAAGAACUUGCCGCCGUUGAUCCACAGCUGCAGGCGUCUGGCUUCCGAAACGUCUGGGUGGUGAAGCCUGCUGCCAAGUCGCGUGGGCGCGGCAUCUUCUGCGAGAAUCGCCUUGAUUUCAUUCUGCCGAUUGUCGUGGACGGGUCAUCACGGGAGCGCUGGGUUGCGCAGAAGUACAUUGAGCGCCCACUCUUGAUCCACAACACCAAGUUCGAUAUCCGCCAGUGGGUCGUUGUCACGAGCUGGCUGCCGCUGACAGUGUGGAUGUACCGUGACUGCUACCUCAGGUUCAGCAGCGUGCCGUUUGACCUCGACAAUCUGCACACGAAGGAGAGCAAGCACGUGCACUUGUGCAACAACAGCAUCCAGAAGGUGGCUGUAUCCACCGCAACGUCCACGUUUGCACCAGGGUGCAUGUGGAGCAGCGAUGAGUUCAAGUCGUUCCUCGAUCAGCAGGGCCAAGGGUCGGUGUGGGACGAGAUGAUCGUUCCGCAAAUGAAGGAGAUUGCGAUUGCAUCGCUGGCAUCUGCACAGGACAGCGCAGAGACGCGCAAGCACAGCUUUGAGCUCUUUGGCUUUGACUACAUGAUCGACGCUGAGAACAAGGUGUGGCUGGUGGAGAUCAAUUCGAGCCCGGACCUGAGUCACAGCACAGCCGUCACAUCGCAGCUGGUGGAGAACAUGUUCGAGGACAUGGUCAAACUGGUUGUGGAUCGGCGCACCAACCGAAAAUGCGACACCGGAGGGUUUGAGCGGAUAUUCCGGGGUCCAGCUGUUGAUUCGCCGCUCGGCGCCAUGUCGCGCGACAUCUUCAUCGAAGGCACCCAGAUCACGAGGAAGAGGAUGGCCAACCCGUCACAUCUCUCGCGGCUCUCGCGCCGGCGCGCGUCCACCUCUAAUCUUGAGGUGGGAAACGGCAAGAGCACAAAGCGAGGCGCUAAUGCCGCUACCCCUACAAAGGCAGGCCUCACCAGCCCCCGCCACCAGACAUCAGACCCGCAGCUGUCAGUUCGUCGCCUCGCCGCAUCCAUCGUGUAGGCGACCAAACCCACCGUGCUGGACCAGUCAACCAACCACCUCAUCGAAUCUUGUCUUGUCUUGCAUGUGCCUUUGCACGCAUGCCUACCCACUUGGCCCUGUUACCCUUGCUUUUUCUAUUUUGCCCGUUGCGUUCACAACACCCGAGUAUGUAUUGUGCGAUUGUAAUGGUAUUGAUUGUACGUGUUCAUUGUGCUGUCUCGCACACGCACCCCACAAGUUACCGAUGGGUGUGGUGCCACCCUGAUCAUCAUGCAUGCUCAACCCAGAUGGUGCGAUCAAGUAAACUUUCACGUUGAC